AAUAGGCAUAGUAUAGGUGCCCAUGGUGAAUGGCUGAAUAAGUACAGAAGAAGACAUUUGAUUUAGGUCGACCAUGAUACAUUGCAUUCGUCAGAUUAGGGUGUAAAAUGCUGUGUUGUUGAAUCUGUGAUGCUGUGUGUCAGCUAUGAAAAUAUCCUAACUUGAUGUCUUAUAUGUAAAAUGAUUUUGAAGGUUAUGUUAAAUAGGUUCGACGGUUUUGAUGUGUGCAGCUAAUUGAACAAUUGAAUGUUAUGUGAAACUGAUAUACAAUAUGGUUUUUCUGACACGAAUGUUGAAAAAUGGAAGGAGGGUUCGAAGCUCUCGUGGGAAGUUCAUAGAUUCUUUGCGCAUAUAUGUACGAGGAGGUGCUGGUGGCAUGGGUUUUCCAAAAUAUGGAGGAAUUGGUGGAAAAGGAGGAAGUGUCAUUGUAGUUGCUAAGGAAGGUGUGACACUGAAGUCCUUGAUUACCCGAAAUCCAACAAAGAGAUUUAUUGCAGAAAAUGGAGGGAAUAGCCAUAAGAACAGGAUACUUGGAGAACCUGGUGCAGACAUCACAAUACAAGUUCCUCCUGGGGUCACAGUGUGGAAUGAUUUUGGCCAAGUUCUUGGGGAACUAAACACAGAUGGUAGCUCUCUCUUGGUGGCAAACGGUGGUGCAGGAGGAAGCCCUUUGACGCAAUUCAAUGGACAGACCGCACAGCCACUCUCUGUCAAACUUGACCUGAAGCUCAUUGCAGAUGUGGGACUUGUUGGUUUCCCUAAUGCUGGGAAGUCGACACUUCUUCGGGCCAUUUCCAGGGCCAACCCUCAAGUAGCUUCAUAUCCAUUUACAACAGUCAUGCCGAACAUUGGAGUGCUGGAGUACUCAGACCAUCGGCAGAUCACAAUGGCAGAUUUGCCAGGCCUGAUAGAAGGUGCACACAUGAAUAUUGGUAUGGGACAUAGUUUCUUAAAACAUGUUGAGAGAACAAAACUGCUGUUGCUGGUUGCUGACAUUCAAGGCUUCCAACUUGGACCCCAGUUUCCCAAUAGAUCCUGCCUCGAUACAGUUGUACUUCUGAACAAGGAAUUGGAGCUGUACCAAGAUGAUCUGCUGGACAAGCCAGCAAUGCUUGUGAUUAACAAAAUGGAUGUGACUGAGGCACAGUUCAAGUAUGAUGAAGUAAAGGACAAGUUAAGACAUCUUGCAGAUGUAGUUGGUGAAUACCCUGAAGAGCUGCGCCCUGAGAGAGUUCUGAACUUCACGGAGGUCAUAGCCAUCUCUGCUGACAAGGACACCAGAGGAGUUGAGAAACUCAAGCAUAGAAUACGAGAUGAAUUAGAUUUCCAUGCAGCGUUGCAGAAGAAAGACUUAGAGACAGAGGUGAUUGCUACUCUUCGAGCACAAAUGAAUCCUAAAGGACCACAAAUGCUGUGAAUAUUUUAUUUUCUUCCUGCAGUUAGUGUUUUAUGAACAAGUGAAUGAGGAAAUGGAGAGCUUCCAAGAAAGCUGAUCCAUGUUUUAUGGCAAGUGGCUUAUGUAUAUUUGUGCAGAUUGUUCAUCCAGUUUCAUUUUUCUUAUUUUUACUAAUAAAAAUAUGCAUAUAAAAUAAUGA